AUGCCAAUUUGUGUGUGAUAGGCUUUAAAGUGGAUGCACGGCGCUACUCCACGGUCUAGAAUAGAGUCUAGAAAAAGCAUCCCACGAAAAUCGCCGGCAUUGCCUCUCUCAGGCUCAGGGCCUCAGCACAAUAAAAGGAAUAAGGUACAAGGAAUAGAGAAAGAGAACAGAGAACAACCGCAUUGGAGGGAAUGCGCGCACAACACUUGUGUGUUUAUUGUGCUGAGGCCCUCAGGCUUCUUUUUGGUUAUAUUAUUGAACAAAAACUUGGAUAAUUUUUCUUUCGAAAAGAAAAGCAAGAAAGAAAAAAAUGGAUUUUCUGGAAUAUCCGGACAUUUUUGCCGAGGUUAAGGGCGCUAUGACACCAGGUAGAUUAAAAUUGACCGACCAACACCUAAUCUUCAAGAAUCAGAAGACUGGUAAAGUAGAACAAAUUUCUGCUUCUGAUAUGGAGUUGGUAAACUAUCAAAAAUUUAUUGGAACCUGGGGCUUACGUAUUUUUUUAAAAAAUGGUACUCUGCAUCGUUUCAAAGGCUUCAAAGAAGCUGACCAGGAAAAGAUUGCCAAAUUCUUUUCUGUCAAUUAUAAGAAAGAUAUGUUGGAAAAGGAAUUGAGUUUAAAAGGUUGGAAUUGGGGUACUGCAAAAUUUACAGGAUCUAUCCUGAGCUUUGAUGUAGGUCAUCACACUGCUUUUGAAAUACCUCUGUAUGAUGUAUCACAAUGUAAUACGGGAAAGAAUGAAGUGACCUUAGAGUUCCAUCAGAAUGACGAUGCCCCGGUCAGUCUAAUGGAGAUGAGGUUUCAUAUUCCUGUUAGUGAUAGUGUCGACCAAGACCCUGUCGAAGCAUUCCAUCAACAGGUGAUGGAUAAAGCAUCUGUGAUCAGUGUAAGUGGCGAUGCGAUUGCUAUAUUUAGAGAGAUUCACUGUCUAACCCCACGUGGUCGUUACGACAUCAAAAUCUUCCAGUCUUUCUUUCAACUGCAUGGCAAAACUUUUGACUAUAAAAUUCCCAUGUCAACUGUCUUGAGACUUUUUCUAUUACCACACAAGGAUAGUCGGCAAACGUUCUUUGUCGUGAGUCUGGAUCCUCCUAUAAAACAGGGUCAAACACGAUAUCACUAUCUGGUUCUCCUGUUCAAUCAAGAAGAGGAGACCUCUAUCGAGCUUCCAUUCACUGAAAAAGAGCUAAAAGAAAAGUACGAAGACAAACUAACGAAGGAAUUAACAGGACCGACAUACGAAGUACUUGGCAGGGUGAUGAAAGUAAUUAUUAACCGGAAGAUAACCGGACCUGGACAUUUCUUGGGUCAUACGAAGACACCUGCGAUUAGCUGCUCUUUUAAAGCCGCGGCAGGAUAUUUAUAUCCGCUCGAACGAGGUUUCAUCUAUGUGCAUAAACCGCCAAUACAUAUUCGUUUUGAGGAAAUAGCUUCGGUAAAUUUUGCGCGCGGUGGCGGUUCGACCAGAUCUUUCGACUUCGAGAUCGAACUUACGAGUGGUGUAGUUCACACUUUUAGCAGCAUUGAAAAAGAAGAAUAUGGUAAAUUGUUCGAUUUCAUUACGUCGAAGAAACUUCGUGUUAAGAAUCGCGGCAAGAGUGACAAACCUAAGUACGACGAGGACUUUGGGGACAGCGAUCAAGAGGAUGAACCGGAUGCUUACUUGGCGCGAGUCAAAGCGGAGGCGCAGGAGCGGGACGGUGAAGAAAACCAAGAUUCCGAGGAAGGCUCGACUGAUGAAGAUUUCAAUCCAAAUCAAGACGUAAGUGAUGUUGCCGAAGAAUAUGACAGUAAUCCCAAUAGUUCCGACAGCGACGAAGACUCGGAUGCGUCUGAGGCUAGUCAUAAAAAGGAGAAGAAAGAAAAGAAAGAAAAGAAAUCUAAAUCGGCAAAAACAAUAUCAGAAAAGCCGCGCAAGCAGAGGAAAUCGAAAAAAGAUAAGGACGCAAAUAAACCGAAGAGACCUGCAACGGCAUUUAUGUUAUGGCUUAACAAUACACGCGAAAGUAUUAAGGCGGAGAAUCCGGGAAUAAAUGUAACAGAAAUCGCGAAAAAGGGAGGUGAAAUGUGGCGAGAGCUCAAAGAUAAAUCAGAAUGGGAGGCGAAGGCAGCUAAGGCUAAAAAAGAAUACGCGGCAUCAAUGAAGGAAUACGAAGCAAGCGGAGGCGGUAAAACUGAAGAAAAGACGGAAAAAACGGAAAAAAAGAAGAAGGAAACGAAGAAAGAGUCCCCUAGCAAAAUGAUGACUGGCUCGUCUUUUAAAAGCAAAGAAUAUAUCAGCGAUGAUGAUAGUAGUAGCGACGAGAGCAAAAAGUCCGGAAAGAAGAGUUCUGAUAAUGAAAGCCGAGAAGGAAAGAAAGAGAAAAAAAGUGAGAAGCGAUCCACGGAAGAUGCUGAGAAAAAGGCAGUAAAGAAGAAGAAACGAAAUCAGUCAGACAAUGAAGAAAGCGACGCGGAAGAACCCAUUGAGAGCACUCCGCCUUCAUCCGACGCGGAAUCUAAAAAUAGUGAUUAAUCAAUGCUAAAGUAUUUAAAUCAAUAUUUUCUUUCAUCUGUUUACAUAUACCAAUGUUUAUUUACCGAUUUAAAAAUUUGCACCAUUAGAAAUUCUUUGAUGAAAGUAAAUGACUUGACACUUACAAGAAGAUGAGCGUUUAACGGGAUUAAUAUUACAUAUGUGUAGUAUACAUUAAUAUUUUAAUUAUAAAGUAAAAUAUUAAUAAGAUCUGAAUAUCGAAAUAAACGAAUUAUUGUUA